CUAGCUACAAUAGUGAAUGUUAGUGACGAAGAGAUGCUGGUUGUCAUGGUAACGUUACAAUUGUUUUCAGUGAGAAAUUUUCUGUUUGAGAGUUGUGAUUGGUGUAGACGUACUUGGUGGAGGAGGAAGAGGUGGAGACCGAGUCAUGAGAGGUUACAUGCUUUUUUACUUUUUUCAUGCUUUACACACUUUUACAUUUUCACCAAAACUGCUGAUGAAGUUAUUAUUUUAUUUUGCUUUAAAAGAAGUUUCAGUGAAUAUAUUUCCAGUAGUUUAAAGUUUCACCUCAUGGCUGUGAUGCAGCUCACACUGACGACAUGCUGAUGGAAUCUGAGCCGUGUGUGAGAAGUCAUCAUAAGCACGUCGCCUUCAUUCCAUGCCACAGAUCUGAUUCCUUUACCCCCCAUUACCCCCCAUUACCCCCUUGCCCCCCCUCCCUCCUCAGCGUGGUGGAGUUGAACAUUUCCUGCCUGCAGCUAUGGACUGUUUGGAGUUAAAGGAUUUAUUCACUGUCGCUCAAUUUAUUAAAGCCAGAUGUGAUCACGGACUGAAAGCUGGAGAUCCUAAAAACAUCAAAAACUAUGUUUUUUUUGAGGUGGAGAUCCUGGACCCCAAGACCGGGACGCAGCUCUGCUACCUGGACAAGGUGGAGCCGAGCGCCACAGUUGGAGAAAUCAAAACCCUGCUGCACCGACUGUAUCCAAAAUGGUAUCCAGCAAGACAAGCACUGAAACUCCAUCCUGAAGGAAAAGCUCUUAAAGAUGAUGAUGUUCUGGAGGAUCUGCCUGUGGGGACGACGGCCACCAUGUUCCUGCAGGACCUCGGGCCUCAGUUGGGCUGGACUAUGGUGUUUCUGUCAGAAAGCAUCGGCCCUCUUUUUAUUUAUCUGCUGUUUUAUUAUCGUCUGCCGUUUAUCUACAGUCAUGAGUACGACUACACACGAAGUUCUCAUGCUGUUGUCAGACUAGCGUGUGUGUGUCACACUCUUCACUAUAUAAAGAGAUUAGCAGAGACGAUCUUUAUCCAUCGCUUUUCACAUGGAACUCUGCCGCUGCACACCAUCGCACUGAAUUGUUUAUAUUAUUGGGGAUUUGCAGCGUGGUUAGCGUACUACAUCAACCACCCUCUCUACACCACACCCAUGUACGGAAAAAUUCAGAUCUACACAUCACUCUUUACAUUUCUGGUGUGUGAGUGUGGAAACUUCUCCAUUCAUCUCGCUCUGAAUCGACUCAGCUGUAACGGAUCGAGGCCGAUGCAGAUUCCAUACCCGAGUAAAAACCCGUUCACCUGGCUCUUCUUCUUCGUCUCCUGUCCAAACUACACGUAUGAGUUGGGUUCCUGGAUCAGUCUCACAGUGAUGACGCAGUGUGUUCCAGUGGCCGUGUUCACCUUGAUCGCGUUCAUACAGAUGACCAUCUGGGCUCGAGGAAAACACAAAACCUACAUCCAGGAGUUUAGGGAAUAUCCUGAACUCAGGAGCGCCAUCAUUCCUCUGUUCCUCUAGUGAUCUGGGACAAAACUCUCACACAGAAACCUUUUAUAUCUCACAAAAUACCAGAGAAAUGUAGCAGUGAAGUGUUUAUCAGCAUUCAUCACCACAGAACAAACACAGUGUUCAUCACCACAGAGCAAACAAACACAGUGUUCAUCACCACAGAACAAACAAACACAGUGUUCAUCACCACAGAACAAACACAGUGUUCAUCACCACAGAACAA